CGGUUCCCUUAUGGGUGUGGUGACGAGAUUGCUGGUGAAAAUUGACUCUCAGCUCGCGUGAGGGCUGCGUGGCCCUUUAAAUGUGUUUAAAAUUGAGUUCCAGUUGAUUGUGCUGCUUUGAAAUUUAUUUGUGCGCUCACCAACAUGCGAGGGAUCUGAAGAAGGAGCGGAAUUUGCCCAAACCAGCCUGAUCAGGUCCAGCACGUUGUCGUCUUGGUGCAGGUCAAACAGGAACAAUGAGUGAGUUGGAACAGUUGCGACAGGAAGCGGAACAGCUUCGCAACCAGAUCCGGGAUGCUAGAAAAGCCUGCAGUGACUCCACACUUUCACAGAUGACAGCGAGCCUGGACUCAGUGGGGCGGAUACAGAUGAGAACGAGACGCACACUCAGAGGUCAUCUCGCCAAAAUCUACGCCAUGCACUGGGGCAGCGACUCCAGGUUACUCGUCAGUGCCUCCCAAGAUGGAAAACUGAUCAUAUGGGACGGUUAUACGACCAACAAGAUGCACGCUAUUCCCCUGCGCUCUUCCUGGGUCAUGACCUGUGCGUACGCCCCGUCCGGGAACUACGUGGCCUGCGGAGGCCUGGACAACAUCUGCUCCACCUACAGCCUUAAAACCCGCGAGGGCAACGUCAGGGUCAACCGAGAACUGGCUGGACACACAGGUUAUCUGUCUUGCUGUCGUUUUCUUGAUGACAAUCAGAUCAUCACCAGCUCUGGCGACACCACAUGUGCAUUGUGGGACAUUGAGACGGGCCAACAGACCACCAGUUUCACAGGACACACGGGUGAUGUCAUGAGUCUGUCGGUCAGUCCCGACUCAAAGACCUUCGUGUCAGGAGCCUGCGACGCCUCUGCCAAACUCUGGGACAUCAGAGACGGGAUGUGCAGGCAGUCCUUCACCGGCCACGUCUCGGAUAUUAAUGCCGUCUGCUUCUUUCCGAACGGAAAUGCCUUCACAACGGGUUCGGACGACGCCACCUGCAGGCUGUUCGACCUGCGCGCGGAUCAGGAGCUGAUGAUGUAUUCUCACGACAACAUUAUCUGCGGCAUCACCUCUGUGGCCUUCUCCAAGAGUGGACGCCUCCUGCUGGCCGGUUACGACGACUUCAACUGCAACGUCUGGGACACUUUAAAAGGCGAACGCGCAGGUGUCCUGGCCGGUCACGACAACAGGGUCAGCUGUUUAGGAGUGAACGAUGACGGAAUGGCCGUGGCCACGGGAUCAUGGGACAGUUUUCUGCGGAUCUGGAACUGAGAGCAGUAUUAAAAUCUCCAGGUCCAGUUUCCUUUGGUCCCAUUUCUACGUCUUUCCACUCUGUAUUCCAGUUAUUACACAUGAUUUUCAGUAUGUAGUUCAAUCCCGUGGAAAAGCCAAUCGCCGGCCGCAGGAAUCAUAAUAAGAGAUUAUUAAAGUGUCAUUGUGUAAUAUGUAAAUAUACAUGUAUAUGAAUAUAGAUAUGGUAUAUAUGUACAGCAUUAUGUGUAUGUAUAUACCAUAUAGUAUAUACAUACAUAGUGUUCAUGUAUAUAUUUUUCUAGUUGAUCAUUGGCCCCAUGACAUUUUUAUUAAUCCUUUUCUUUUUUGUAUUUUAUUUUCUGUUUUGUGUACAUAGAAAACAACGCUAAACUAGAUGGAAAGUUGUGAACAGCAGUCUGUAUUACAAAAGUUUGUGAAUUGUGGAUGCGUUAAACACAUGCAGAUGAACUUUCUUCUUCUUUUUUCUUUUUUACACGCCACUAAAUCAAUCAUCAUUUAUUGGUGCUUGAAGGUGUUUGAAAAGAAGGCACUGAAUUUUCUCAGCCUUGAGAUUGAAUGUUUAAUUCUACGACGCCGUGUUUUUAAGAGUCUUGCUUUUGAUUGAUAAAGAAAUUCAAAAUCUAUCUGCCCUUGAACUUUAGCCUUAAAUACUAGCGAUCGCAGCAGAACUAAUCCUAGUAUGUCAAAUCUCAUUCUUGGUGCUUACAAAAGAAAAUCCGUGCUUUGAAUUGAUUAGAAACGGCCACAAACCCUCCUUAAAUUCGUUGCAGUGUUACAAAACGGAGCACGUUCAAAGCAGUAUAUAUAAUUUUUUUUUGUUGAUUAGGAGUCAGUUUCAGCAUGUAAAUGUGUGCAAACAGGUGGAAAUGAAGAACACUACCUGGUCAGGAUGAUUAAACUAUUUUUGGCUUAUUUUUUUCUGUGCAUCAAAAAUUGUAGAUCAGAUCAGAGCGAUGAAGCCGUUUCGCCAUAUUUAUAAUAAGUGCCAUCGGUUCUGACAGAAUGUUUCUGGCUGUUUGAGAUGUGCGUCAGUAACCUUAACAAGCCUGAUUAAAAAUGAUAUUUGUGCCAUUGUUAAUGCUCUUAACACCUCAUGUAACUGUGAAUAGAAUUUAAAAUCUUUCUCUUACUUUGCCUUUUUAUAUAAAAGGGAAUUGGAAAGUGGCUUGAAAUUAUUAUUUUUUUCUUUUUACAGUAUGAAAAUGCUUUUUAGCAUUAAUAAAAACCCUCUCAAGUUGGGUAACACACCGUAAAGGAAUUAAUUUGGGGUUUAAGUGUUUUUUGCGAUGAUUACUGUGAAAAGGGAUGCAUUUAGUCAUUUAGAAGUCACUUUGAAUUCUACAAUUUAAACAGGAAGUUUGUCUUAUUAGUAUUGGUUAGAAUUUAAGUCAGAUUUCUAUUGUUGGUACUGUAGAGGUCGAGAGAUUGCCAAUCAGUGAUUCUUUUUUUUGUGGUUGUUUUUUAUUAUGAUCAUGUUGAAGAUUUGAGUGGUUGGUUCGGGACUGUUUUAACAAAAAAAAAAUUUCACAUUAUUAUUUCAAACGGGCCGAACCGCUCAAACUCGGCAACAGAAAGAGCAUUUCACACGUUAGGACCCCAAUGCUUAAAGUAUCCUUUUGGCUCAUUUGUAUCCUUUUUUGUUUUUCCUCCUUUUUGAGCAGAUAAAGCCAGGACUGUGGUGCCUUGUGUACUUUCACAGUGCCAUGUUUCAAAUAAUCAUUUUUCAUAACAUUUUUGUUCCUCAUUUUUUUUUUUUUUUUUUUUGGUAUUUGUAAAGUAACAUGGUGAUGAAGCAGCCAUACACUGAUAUUGUAACCAAUAAAAAGACUUUUAACCAUAA